AUGGCGAAACAGGCGAAGCUGACGACGUCACGCAAGGGGAAAAAGGCCUGGCGCAAGAACGUCGAUGUCACCGACAUCGAGGAAGGGCUCGAACAGGCCCGUGACCGCAAGCGGCACUUGGGGGACGACGCCGAUAUCGAGGUGGGCGACUUCGUCAUCGACACCACCCCCGUCCCCGUUACGCUGGUCAAGAAGCCCAAAUACCAAGAGAUCGUGGCCAACCGCUCCAAGGUGGCGGCGUUGGCCCACCCUCACGCCUCGGCGGCCAAGGCCCGGCCCAAGAAGAACCUCGACGGGGUGCUGAAGACGCAGUUGCUCCACUUGAUCAAGAUGAACGGGGGCAAGUACAAGAGCGAAGACAAGGUCAAGGCGAGAAUAGAUAAGGACGGGUUGACCAACGUCGAUGCCCGCGACCUCUGGGACGCCCCCGAGCCCAAAUCCGACGUGCCCAAGGUGUUGACGGAGCUGCCGUUGGCCCCCAUCACCAAGCCCAAACACGCUCCUAAAUCGUUCAAACGGGCACCAGUGACGUUGGAUAAGGUUGACGACAACAGUGCCAUCCACGGCGGUAAAUCAUACAACCCCACGUUGGAACUGUGGAAGGAGUUGAUCAACCUGGAGUACACCACCGAAGCGCAAAAGGAGUCUAUCCGUCAAGAAUUGAACGACUUCAAGGAUAAGUUGGCUCAGUUAGCCGCCGAAUUGAAUAACCACGAUGAACUGCUGUCAGAGGAAGAAGACGACGAGGAAACUAACGACAACGAUAAGGACGACGACAAAUACAGACUCUCGGUGAACGCCCCGCUGAAAAACAAGAAAAAGACCAAGUAUCAGCGUAAUAAGCAAAACAGACACAAGCAGAGGUUACAGUUGGAGCAAGAGAUCAAGGAGCUUAAGAUCAAGGUGAAGGAGCUUAAUAAAAUUGACGACAUCUUGGCCGCCAAGGCCAUCGAAGAAGUCAAGCCUCAAUCGUUCAUCGGGAAGGAAAAGAAGGUGAAGAAGUUGUUCAAGUACACCGCAUUGCAGGCACCGUUGGAGGUGAAGUUGCUGGACGAAUUGACCAGCAACUUGAAGAACGUCAAGCCGGAAGGUAACUUGUUGUACGACACGAUGUUGGGGUUGCAGAAACUGGGGAAGGUCGAGGCGAGAUUGCCGGUAGCCAAGAAGCGCAAGUACGCUCCUAAGGUCACCGAGAAAUGGACGUAUAAGGAUUUCAAGUGA